UUGUAUUAUAUCUGCUAAUGUCGAGAUUUUUCAAAUCAGUCUUUGGUAAGGCUACAUUAGCGACCACUGCCGUAGUUGGUGGAGGUAUCAUUUAUCUUGAUUUCAUUAAACCUCCAGUGAGUCCAAAUUUACAAAAUUCUUAUAAACCAUUGAGAAAGAAGUUGGAAACUCCUCCUUCUAGAGAACAAUUACUAGAAAAAGUUAAGGCUACUCCCAAAUUUGAUGUUAUUGUUGUUGGUGGGGGUGCUACUGGGACUGGGACUGCAGUUGAUGCUGCCACUAGAGGUUUAAAUGUUUGUUUGUUAGAAAAGAAUGAUUUUGCUUCAGGUACUUCUUCCAAAUCCACUAAAAUGGCCCAUGGUGGUGUUCGUUAUUUAGAAAAAGCUAUUUUCCAAUUAUCAAAAGCUCAAUUGGAUUUGGUUAUUGAAGCUUUGAAUGAACGUGGUAAUAUGUUAAGAACUGCUCCUCAUUUAUGUUCAGUUUUACCAAUUAUGAUUCCAGUUUAUAAAUGGUGGCAAGUUCCUUAUUUCUUUAUUGGUUGUAAAAUGUAUGAUUGGUUUGCUGGUCAUCAAAAUUUAAGAAAUUCUACUGUUUUCAGUAGAGAAAUGACUAGUGCUAUUGCUCCAAUGAUGGAUGAUUCGAAUUUAAAAGCCACCUGUGUUUACCAUGAUGGUACUUUUAAUGAUGCUAGAAUGAAUGCUACCUUGGCAAUUACUGCUAUUGAUAAUGGUGCAACUGUUUUGAAUUAUAUGGAAGUUUUGCAAUUAUUAAAAGAAGAUGGUAAAUUGAUUGGUGUUCGUGCUAAAAAUCGUGAAACUGGUGAAGAAUUCAAUAUUAAAGCUACCGCUACUGUUAAUGCAACUGGUCCUUUUGCUGAUAAAUUAUUAGAAAUGGAUGAAGAUCCUCUAGGUUUACCUCCAAAGAAACCAGAAGCUCCUCGUAUGGUUGUUCCUUCAAGUGGUGUUCAUGUUGUUUUACCUGAAUAUUAUUGUCCAAGAGAUAUGGGUUUAUUAGAUCCUUCUACUGCUGAUGGUCGUGUCAUGUUUUUCUUACCUUGGCAAGGUAAAGUUUUAGCUGGUACUACUGAUACUCCUUUAAAAUCUGUUCCUGAAAAUCCAAUUCCAUUAGAAGAAGAAAUUCAAGAUAUUUUGAAAGAAUUACAAAAAUAUAUUGUUUUCCCAGUUGAAAGAGAAGAUGUUUUAAGUGCUUGGUCUGGUAUUAGACCUUUGGUUCGUGAUCCUGCUACUGUUCCAAAAGGUACUGAUCCAACUGCUGGUUCUACCCAAGGUUUAGUUCGUUCUCAUUUAAUUACUAAAUCACCAACUGGUUUAUUAACUAUUUCUGGUGGUAAAUGGACUACUUAUAGAGAAAUGGCUCAAGAAACUGUUGAUACCUUGGUUAAAGAUUACAACUUUGACGGCCGUAAUAAGCAAUUAUUACCUUGUCAAACAAAUAAGAUCAUCUUAGCUGGUGGUGAAGACUACUCCAAGAAUUAUUCUGCUAGAUUAAUUCAUGAAUAUAAAAUUCCCCUCAAAUUAGCUAAACAUUUAUCUCACAACUAUGGUUCAAGAUCCGCUUUGAUUUUAGAAUUAUACACUCAAUCUGAUUUUAACAAAUUACCAAUCACUUUGGCCGCUACUAAAAAUUUCCAUCCUUCUGAAUCUGAAGCUUCUUCUGAAAACAACUUGUCCUACCAAUCUUUCGAUGAACCUUUCACCAUUGCUGAAUUGAAAUACUCUUUGAAAUAUGAAUACAUUAGAACCCCAGCUGAUUUCUUGGCUAGAAGAACUAGAUUAGCCUUCUUGAAUGCUAGACAAGCUUUAACUGCUGUUGAUGGUGUUGUUGAAAUCAUGAAACAAGAAUUUAACUGGGAUGAUGAAACUACUGCUAAAUUAACUAAAGAAGCUAAAGAAUACAUUGGCCAAAUGGGUAUUUCACCAAAGAGAUUCGAUGUUGAACAAUUUACCGUUCAAUAGACAACUCGAGUUUUCAAAAAAAUGCUUUCCUGAGUGGAAUUUGCAAUGAUCGAAAAUAUUGAAAAAAAAAAAAA